AUGCACCACACAUCGCGACGGACGGCCCAGUGUGAGCUCCAUGCCCUCAUACAGAGGCUACCGAACGACGGCACUGACCAUGUGCACCCCCAAAACAGACUACUUUGAUACGGCCGACUACGUUUCGCGCUUCGAGAAGCAUGGCCUCACGCCCGCCCAGGCCGAAGGCGUCGUCGAUACGCUCGAGGACAUUAUCGGCGAAUCCAUCAGGAGCAUGCAGGGCAACCUCGUCACCCGGGAAGAGCAGGAGAAGGUACGAGCAAAUUCACCGGGCAAUCUUGAGACUCACUGCCCAGACUUAUCGCGUCCUUGAACCCGACAACAGCGACACUACACCCAAAAGGUCAGAAUCGACGGGGAGCCGCUCAGCCCUCAUCCCGAGAUUAUCGCUCACCUUCCGUUCCCUCCAGGUCGACUUUGCUUCACUUAAGCAAACCUUGGAACUAUCGGAAAAGACAGAUUUCGUCAAUCUCAAGGCCGAGAAUGAGCGCCUCUUGGGCGACAUUGAACGGCUUAAGCAACGUUUGCGCGAGGAAAUCACCCGGACCCAGGCCGGCGUCCGGCUCGAUCUCAACUUGGAAAAGGUGCGGGCACUUCACCCAACAGCGAGCCCAUAAGGCAUCGUGAGCUCUGGUUGAUUCUCUGCUCUUCGCUCCUCCGCAGGGUCGAAUCCGGGACGAGUUGUCGAUGAGAGUCGUCCGAUUGGCCGAUGUCGACACGCGGAUAGAGAACGAAAUCGGGUUGCUGAGGACAUCGCAAGUCUUCUUUCUCCUCUUGCCAUGUACCGUUGUUUCAGUUCACUCACAAAGAGACACUUUCAUCGCUUGAACAGAAUGGAGGCCGUCAAGUUCAAGUGAGUGAUGUGCUUCUUGAGCGAUCAAAGACGGUUCGGUACCAUGGGGUAAGGUUGGACUGCUGAACUAUUUCUCGCCCGCAGUAUCCUGCAAUAUGCCUUCGCGGUCAUGUCCGGUACCGGUGCCCUCUUGCUCGCAUAUCUUCGCAUGUACGUUGACCUAGGACAGACUCGAUGCAAUAUGUUUGCGAACUGACCGGUUUCUGCCUCGUCAGGUUCGCGCACUAG